UUCGACGUGGCCAUAGACGACACUGAUGACGCCGAGUCACAGGAGCAUAGUAGAUAUGGAGCGGACUCGACCACGGAUGGUGGGACUGGCUGGCAUCUCAAUUGCGACGUACCUGGUGAAGGAGUCCGUCUCGAGACGGUCCCGAAGCUCCCGUUGCUUGGGGGCUUCGACGGCGUCCUGAAGGAAAAUCAGGGUGCAUUCCACAAGGUGGGGCAAGCGCGAGCUCAGCGUCUCUCCCUCUGGCGCCUGAGCUCUAACCAAGUGGUGAAGGUCAUCGGCGGAGACGGCGUCUUCGAUGGGGGCUCUGUGAGCGACCAGAAGGUGCUGCUCGGUGGUCAGCAGCAGGGCAGCGAGACGGUGGACGACGGCGACGGCAUCUUCGGCGGUGGCCACGCGGGCGACCUGAAGGCGACGUUCGACCAGGACGACAUGCAGUGCGAGAGCGUCGCAGACCAAAAAUUCGUGUUCUGGGGGGCGCUCUGCCGGAACACGGUUGGCGACGACGCUGUGUUUGUCGGAACGCAGCGCGGGCGCACCGCGGACGGGGGCGACGACGUCGACAGGCUGCUGGACAGGUCGCUCGGCAUCUGGAGGCGGGAGGUCGUGGCCCCCUACCGCGGCGGCUGCGACCUCGGCGCGCGGCACGGCGACGGUUUCUUUGAUGGUGGCCUGGAGGGUGUCCCUCAAAGCGCAGACGAUGGCAUCUUCGGCGCCGGCCUCGCGGGCGACCUGCGGGGCUCAGGGAAGAAGGAGAUGAGGUUGAGGAGGACGAGCCUGCUAAAGCUGGCGCGGAAGCUCAGCGACGGCAUCAUCAAGGGGAACGACACGAUCGCGAGUGGCUCUGUGGGCGACCAGAAGGUGUCGGUCGUCGCCCUUGACGGGGAGAGGGCGUCGCAGCUGCUCUCCGCGCAGCUCGUGCGCGGCGAGCUCUCGAAGCAGGACCUGGCGCAGCAGGUCGCGGAGGCAGGCGUGGACUCCGCCGCCUUCAUCGCCUGGCUGGAGCGGCAGUCGUCG